ACAGCAGCAGGAACAAAUCACAAUGAGCGAGGAGCUUGAAUAUGAACAUGAUCAGGCCAACGAGGAUCUCCAAAACCUGGAGAGCGCCACUGUGGAUGAUCAGGAUGACGCUGAAGACCAGGGGAAGGAUGUGAUUAGCGAUGAAGACGGUGUCUUUGAACAAGACGAGGACGAAGACAUCAACAAGGAUAAUCAAGAUGACGAAAGAGAUGAAAUCAACAACAACAACGACGACAAUGACGACGACGAUGAUGAAGAUGAAGACGAAGACGAAGAAGACGAGGAGGAGGAUAAGGUUAGAUCUCGUAAGAGAUCCCGUCGUGAUAGAAACCAGUUCUUGGAUGUGGAGGCUGAGGUUUCAGAUGAUGAUGAUGAUGAGGAAGAGGACGAGGAUGACCUCACAAAGGAAGGUUUCAUCGCUGCAGAUCACGAACAUGAUAACGAACCCCAAUCGAGAGAUGACAGAUUGCACAGACAAAUUGAUCGUUCCCGUGAAAAGAACACCGAAGAGGAUGCUCAGAGAUUGGCGGAAGAGUUCAAGGAAAGAUACGGAAGAACCAAAUACAGAGGCGACAACUCUGGUCAAGUGUCGCAAAGAUUUUUGUUGCCAUCCAUUGAAGAUCCUAGUAUCUGGGCUGUGAGAUGUAGACCUGGUCAAGAACGUGAUAUCGUUAAGAAACUGUUAAAGAAGAAGCUAACGUUGGAGGGGAAACCAAACGCACUGAAGAUUCUCUCUGUAUUCCAAAGAGAUAACUUCACAGGAUAUAUCUAUAUCGAGGCAGAGAAGCUUGCUGCUGUAGAUGUCGCUAUCAGAGGUGUCCCUGAUAUCUACGCAAACAACAAAGUGCUUGUUCCUGUCGAAGAGUUUCCAGAUUUGUUAAGACCAAGCAAAUCAACAGAAAUCAAAUUGACACCAGGCUCAUAUGUCAGAAUCAAAAGAGGUAAGUAUAAAGGUGAUUUGGCCAUGGUUGAUGCGAUUGAGGAGAAUGGCUUGGAAGUCACACUUCAAAUUGUUCCAAGAAUCGACUACAAAGGUUCAGAAGUUGAUGAAAAUGGUAAGCGUAAAAGGGCAACUUCAAAGUUCAGACCACCACAGAGACUGUUUAGUAAGAAAGAUGCAUUGGAAUUCGAUCCCCAAGGUUUAAUUGCUAGAUCGAGCAAUAACUUCAAUUUCAGAGGAGAGGAGUACAUUGAUGGUUUCUUGUUCAAAUUGUUUAAGUUACAACAUUUGGAGACUCAGAAUGUACAACCAUCUCUUGAAGAAGUUUCAAAAUUCAAUACUGGUGACUCUGAAGAUUUAGAUUUGACAUCAAUUGCACAGUCUUUGAAACAGUCCAAUGCAAUUGUGUUCAACAGUGGUGAUAGGGUACAGGUUCUCACAGGUGAACAGCAAGGCCUUCAGGGUGAUGUCGUUUCUGCGAACAAUGAUAUUGCCACUGUGAAGCCACAAGGUAUGACAGGAACAGUAUUGGAAUUCCCAUUGGGUAACUUGAGAAAGAUCUUUGCAGAGGGUGAUCAUGUCAGUGUUCUUAAAGGUAAACAUGCUGGUCAUACAGGUAUUGUUGUCUCCAUCAACGAAGACCAGGUGACAUUUAUCUCCGAUCAAUCACAUAAGGAUGUUACCGUUUUCGCCAACCACUUGACAAAAUCUGAUGAUUCUUCCACCCUUGUGGAUGGAAAAUAUGGCCUCCACGAUCUGGUUCAGAUCAACGCAUCGACAGUUGGUACCAUCAUCAGAGCAGACAAGGAUGUAUUCACUGUAUUAGCCCAAGAUGGUCGAGUGAUGUCGCUUCCACCAACUUCGAUCACAUCCAAGGUUCAGAUUUCAAGAGCGAACCAGUUUGCAACAGACUCCAAUGGUGAAUCCAUCAAAGUUGACGACGUUGUCAGAGAAAAUUCUGGAUUCAAAAGACAAGGUGUUGUUUUGCACAUUUACAGAUCGUAUGUUUUUGUUUACUCAAAGGAAACUGCAGAGAACUCCGGUGUUUUCGUUACAGAUAACAUGAGUGUGUCCAAUGUUGCCUCCAAGAUAAACAUCACAGAGAAAAAGCAAACUAUUGACUUGACUAAGAUGAAUCCAAAAUUCAGAACAGGUGGACAAAUGGCUCCACCACGUUUACCAGUUGCAAGACAAACUGGUCGUGACCGUUGCUUAAACCAAAAUGUUUCUGUCAGACUUGGAGAGUACAAGGGUUAUCGUGGUAUUGUCAAAGAUACCAAUGAUGACAUUGCCAGAGUUGAGCUACAUACAAAGAACAAGAUCUUGUCCAUUUCGAAACACAAAUUGGCAUUCGUGGAUAAAAGUGGGAGACUUGUUCCAUACGAAGAAUUCAUCAAUGAGAGACCAAGAUUCAACGCUGCUGCACCAAGCUUUUCCAGUGCAUCUGGGCCAUCUCAUUCGUCACAAGGAUCAGUUUCAAAUGGUGGUAAGACGCCAGCUUGGGGAUCUGGAACUGCUGGUGGUAGCACUUCAUACGGUGGAUCUGGAACUGCCUGGGGUGGAUCUGGUACAUCUUGGGGUGGUUCUGGUACUGCUUGGGGUGGAUCUGGAGCUGCCACUGGAAGUGGAACUGCCUGGGGUGGAAGAAACUCAUCAUGGGGUAACAGUGCCAGUGGAGGUAACUCAAGUUCAUGGGGAAAUUCGAACCGUGGUAGCGGUGCAUCUGCUUCUGGCCGUCCUGGGAGUGGAAGUUCAUGGGGAGCUACAGGUGGUCAGAGUGCAUGGGGAGGAAAUGGUGGUCAUUCUUCAUGGGGUGGAAGAUCCUCUUAUGGGCAGAGUAGUACAUGGAGUGCCUCUACACCGGGAGCUUAUAAGGUAGCACAGACCCCAGGUGCUUAUGAAACACCUUACGAAUCUGCACAAACACCAUAUGAAGGUGCCCCAACUCCUGGCUAUGGACAAACAGCACAGACGCCCGGUGCAUACCAUGAUGACGAUGAUGAGGAGUGAUGGUCAUUUUCCAAACUAUCUGAAUCUUGAAGGGCAGAAGAAGACAGUAAAAAUAGUACAAUGUAAUUUAUUAUCUG